AUGGUCCGCAAUCCCAACAAGCCAGACAAAGUCCGAAUCGUUAUGGACGCUGCCGCCAAGCAUGAUGGAGUAUCACUUAAUGACAAACUUCGCGUUGAGCCCGAUCUUCUGAAUAGCCUAGUGGGUGUGCUGUUGCGGUUUAGAGAGCAGCGCCUUGGCUUGGCCGCUGACAUCGAAGCCAUGUUUCACCAGGUUCGAAUUAUAGAAGAAGAUCAACCCGCCCUGAGGUUCCUGUGGCGGAACUUGGAAGUGCAGCGCCCGCCUGAUGUAUAUCAGAUGCUCGUCAUGAUUUUCGGAGCUGCGUCCUCACCGUGCACGGCAAACUACGUAUUGAGAAGGACAGCUCUUGACAAUUAUGGAGGCACUGCAUUUUCCACCGAAACUUUCGAGGCAGUAGAGAAGAAUUUCUACAUGGAUGACUUCUUGAAAUCUGUGUGUGACGAAGCUACCGCAGUGCGAAUGUUCCAUGAGAUGACCUCUCUCUUGGCACGCGGCGGUUUCAGGCUGACCAAGUGGAUCAGCUCCUCCCGUGAAGUCUUGUCCCAGAUCCCUGACCGAGAGAAAGCAAGCCCUUCAGUCGAUUUGAACUUUGAUGAAUUGCCAAUUGAACGCACACUGAGCUUAAACUGGAACACUGAAACUGACUGUUUUCGUUUCUCUGUUUGCUCACGUCAGACUCCUGAGUCAACCAAGCGUGGCGUCCUAAGCCGCAUAUCAACCGUUUUCGAUCCAUUGGGAGCGCUAGCUCCGUACAUACUGCCCGCGAAAUGCCUAUUCCAGUCGUUGUGGCGUAAGAAUAAGGGCUGGGACGAGCCUUAA